AUGAGUAGAAAACAAACAAGUUCCAAGUAUCAAUAAAAAUUUAACUUGUUUUAGAUCCCCUUAGAUUGCAAAAGCCAUUCAUAAGCAAAGUAAGGACUCUGAUUCAAGUUCUUCUGAGAGGAGAUAUGGCAAAUUUUGGAAACCUAAUGAGGAUUCUUUAUUAAUGGAAUUGCACAUUAGGCAUAACGGAAACUGGAAAUUAAUUGCUGAAGGCAUUCCAGGACGAAAUCUUAGUUAGUGUUAAUAAAGAUGGAAAAGAAUUAAUCCAAAUAAAGUAUUUUUGCAUCUAUUUUUUGACUAAACUUCGAAAAUAGUGGACAGAUUUUGAAGAUCAAGAAGUUAUUAGGCUAGUUAAUGAGCAUGGUCGUAAUUGGAAAUUGAUUGAAGGACUUAUGGAUGGACGUUCAAGUAAAUAGAUUAGAGAAAGAUUCUUAAAUAAUUUGGAUCCUGAAAUAAAUCGAGAAAAAUUCACUUUAUAAGAAGAUCAAAUAAUUUUAGAACAAUAUCGAAUAUAUGGUCCUAAGUGGAGCGAAAUUGCAAAGAUGUUAAAUCGAAGACCAGUACAGUGAGGACCUAUCAUUAGGAAAAUUAAGUGAAGAAUCGAUUUUACUCUUAUAUAAAAAGAGUUCAUAUGUUAGAUGAAAGAUCAGAUGAUGAUGACCAUGAUCAAUCAAUUGAAUCAGAACCAGAGCAACCAUAAAAAAUAGUUCCAAAUUCUAUGUUGAAUGUUUCUUAGCCUAUAUAUUAACCUUUAGAAACUAUAUAAAGUUUAAAAGAGGAACAUGAUAAUACAAAAAACGAUUCAUUACUAAUAAAUUAAACACCAUCUCAUCGUAUACAACCAUCCAUUAAUUUGAUUUAAGGUCGUCUUUUAUCAUUUAUAUCUAGAUUCAUUUGAUUCUAAGCAAUUUGGUGGGAUGGAAGAAUAAGAUAAUUCCCCAUUUAAUUAGCAUAGAAAAAUAUUAGACUAUAGUCCAAUUAACUUUUAGUAUUAUCAUCAUCAACCAAAUUUCGAUAUGAUAUAAGAGGAUAUGAAAGAGUUAAAAUGUUAAAUAGAAAGUAUCAAUAUAGAACAUCCUAUCUGA